AUGAUAGAGGGAACCACCUGGACUCUCACUGGCUUCUAUGGCCACCCAAAAACAGAAAAAAGGCACGAGAGUUGGUCACUACUUGAGGCCCUUAAGCCAACCACAAAUUCUGGAUGGCUAUGUGUAGGAGAUUUCAAUGAAAUCCUACACUAUGGAGAAAAGUGUGGAGGUCCCCUGAGACCUAUUAAACAAAUGGAGCAAUUUAGGGAGGCCAUAGACAAAUGUGGCCUGUCUGAUAUGGGGUAUUCAGGAAGUAAGUUCACCUGGACAAAUGGAAGGCAAGGUUUGGCCUUUAUGAAAGAGAGAUUAGAUAGGGCCUUCUGCAAUGGGAAGUGGCUUGAACUGUACACAGACCCAAAGGUUCUUACACUCCCCUCAUUAAGCUCAGAUCACAACCCAAUUUGGAUUGCUAUGGAUCAAAUAAAUGCUGCACCCAACAGAAGCAAGAGACCUUUCAGGUUUGAAGCUAGCUGGACCUAUAGUGAAGAUUGCUACAAAGUAGUGGAGGAGGCAUGGAAGGUCCCACCAGUGGCUGGUAACAUAGUAAACCUCACCUCAAAAAACCUGCAGCACUGCCAACAAAAACUUACUCAGUGGAGCAAACAAAAGUUUGGCUAUUCAAAAAAAAGAAUCCAAGAUCAGUUGGCUCAUCUAUCCUAUCUUCAGGACAGAAACUCAGGCCACCUCAUUGAUGAAAUUAAGAAAGUACAAAGAGAGGUGGGUGUGAUCUUAGAUUCGGAUAACAUGAGGUGGAAGCAAAGGGCCAAACAGAGGUGGCUGAGGGAGGGAGAUAGGAAUACUAAGUUCUUCCACCAAGCUGCAUCACAAAGAAGGAAAACAAACAUGGUCAAGAAGCUGGUGGAUAGCAAUGACCAACCUGUAACCUCGAGUAAGGGGAUUUCUGAAAUGUUCCAAAGCUACUUCACUGACCUUUUCACUUCCUCAAACCCUUCUCAACCUUUCAAUUGCAUCUCUUCACUAGAGGCCCGAGUGUCUGAGUCCCAGAAUGAAUCUCUUAACAGACCCUACUGCACUCAGGAAGUGGAAGAAGCUCUUUUCAACAUGAAUGGGCUAAGUUCGCCAGGACCAUAUGGUUUUCCAGCCUUUUUCUAUCAGAAACACUGGUCUAUAGUGGGCCCUAAAGUGUGUGAAGCUGUACUAAAUGUGCUGAAUGGGAAAGAGAGCAUGGGGAGCAUCAACAACACUCUCAUUGCUUUGAUUCCAAAGAAGAGGGCACCAACAAAGGUGACAGAAUUCAGACCUAUAUCCCUAUGUAAUGUCCUUUAUAAACUUAUAUCAAAAGUUAUAGCAAAUAGAUUGAAAAAAGUGCUCCCUAGUGUAAUUUCUGUUUCUCAAUCAGCCUUUGUACCUAACAGACUUAUCUCAGAUAAUAUUAUUGUUGCCUUUGAGGCAUUGCACACUAUGAAAUGUAGAAUGGCAGGUAGAGAAGGAUAUAUGGCUUUGAAGCUAGACAUGAGUAAAGCCUACGACCGUGUGGAGUGGUGUUUCCUAAGAGCAGUUCUUAUCAAGCUGGGUUUUGGCAAAAAAUGGGUGGAUUUGGUGAUGCACUGUGUUGAAACAGUCAACUACUCCUUAUUGGUGAAUGAGGCAUUGAGUAAUUUGAUUUGCAAAGCUGAAGAGAAGGAGUUAAUACAUGGGGUACCAGUGGCUCGUGGACAGGUGAGGGUAUCCCAUCUUUUCUUUGCAGAUGAUAGUUUAUUGUUCUGCAAGGCCAAUGCAGAAGAGUGGGGCAGGAUGGUAAGUCUACUAAGAGCUUAUGAAAUGGACUCGGGCCAAAGAUUGAAUGUGGAGAAAACUUCUGUAGUGUUCAGCAAGAAUACCAACAGAAUUACUCAAAGAUUCAUACUGUCAAUAGCAGGAAUGAGGACCACCAUGCCAUACGAGAGAUAUCUGGGUCUACCCCUAGUGGUUGGAAAGGACAGAUUGAAAACCUUCAAGACUCUACUAGACAGUAUCACUCUAAAGCUUAAUAGUCAAAGAAUCAAGACUCUCUCUCAGGCAGGAAAAAAAAUUUACCUAAAGGCAGUGAUUCAAGCUCUUCCAACUUUCACAAUGAGUGUGUUCAAGCUCCCUCUCACCCUCAUUCAAGCUAUAAACAGUGUCAUUCAAAGGCUAGGGCAAUCAAAAGCUGAGGGGGGCUUGGGUUUUAGGGACCUUGAAAUUUUCAACAAAGCUUUGCUUUCCAAGCAAUGUUGGAGAUUAAUCCAAGAUCCCUCCUCCCUAGCAGCAAAAGUCUUAAAAGCCAAGUACUUCCCUCAAUCAAGCUUCCAAUCAGCUAAGGUGGGAUCAAAGCCUUCCUUUGUGUGGAGAAGCCUGUUGGCUGCAAGGAAAACAAUAGAAGCAGGUUCUUUCUGGAGAGUGGGUUCAGGAGACAAAAUACACAUCUGGACAGACAAAUGGCUAGCUAAAACUAAACCAACAAAGGUAACAAGUCCAGUUAGGGUGCUUGAUGGUUUGGCAACGGUGGCAGAACUCAUUGACCCUACAACAAGGAGUUGGAAAACAGAACUUGUAAAAGAAAUCUUUGAAGAAGGGGAAGCUGAAGUGAUUCUUCAAACACCUGUCAGCUCUAUGAAUUCGAGGGACAGACUCAUUUGGCAUGGUACAAAGGGAGGAUCUUUCUCAGUGAGGAGUGCAUACCAUAUGGAGAAGGACAGAGAGAUGGCAGACAAAGGUCAAGCAUCAACCAGUAAAUGCCUCAAAGGUGUGUGGAACAAGUUAUGGCAUAUUCGUACUGCACCAAGUGAAAAGAUGUUUUUGUGGAGAGCAUGUCAAGACUCCCUCCCUACUCAACUCAACCUUUUCAAGAGAAAGAUAGCAAGUGAUCCUCUAUGCCCCCUAUGCUGUAGAGAGGAAGAAAGUACCAUGCAUGUACUAUGGAACUGUGAGGCUGCAAAGGAUGUCUGGAGCCCGUGCUCCAAAAAACUGCAGAAAAGCAGAAGCUCUUACAUGCCUACGUUAGAAUUUUUUGAGGCUAUGACUGAAGCUCUCAAUGCAGAUGAGAUGCAAGAGUUCGUGGUGGUAGCAAGACAACUAUGGUUGAGAAGGAAUUCAUUCAUUUUCAACAAACCUUUCAUGCCUCCUAACAUAUUGAUAAGAGAAUCAAAACUGAGGUUGGAUUUGCUAUUUGAGGAGACCCAAUCACAGAGACAAAUCAAUGUUCAGCAGCAGUGCCUCUCAGCAGAAGUGUGGCAAGCACCACCAACGGCUUGGUUCAAAGUAAAUUGGGAUGCAGCAGUCGACAGGGUGAAGGGACUUGUUGGAAUAGGGGUAGUUGUAAGAGAUGACAAAGGCCAGACAAUAGCAACAAUGAGGCAAAGUAAAAGCCUCUUCCCGGAUUCUCUUCUAGCUGAAUCUUUUGGGGCAUUAGUUGCAACCCAAUUUGCUAGAGACUUGGGGUUAACAGAGGUCAUUUUGGAGGGGGACUCCUUACAAGUUACCAGAUCGCUUCAAGGAGAAGUAGAGGAUUGGAGUAGUUCUAGCAUGUUCCUGUGUGAAGCUCGAACCUAUCUUAAUCUUUUUGCAAAGUGGAUUGUUUCUCAUGUUAGGAGAAAUGGCAACACAGUAGCCCACUUACUAGCAAAAAGUGCUCUUACCAUUUCUGAUGUUAUUAUUACUAUGGAGGAACUUCCUUCUUGUCUUUCUGAUCUAGUUCAAUGA